AUGCUCUUGAAAUUGUUGAUUCUUUUUUCCAUCGAAGUUCAAGCCGGUUACUUUGACCUCCAGUGCAGCAGAACUCAUGCCAAAUUGACCCUCAAUACUGACACUUUCAGUUCAAGUAGCAAAGAUCCUUCGUUUGAUUCUGACCUGGUCGGGCUUUACUUGAACUCGGAAAGGAAAAUGCCAGAGAAUAUCACGGAAGACUGCAAGCUGGAGAACAACAUGGAAUUUGCAUACAACAGUUCUUGUCUUCAUAAUUCGACCACGUCUUCGGCUCCGGUUUAUUCUGGUUUCAUAAUUCAAUACGGAGUGGUUGAUGACUCCUACAUCUAUAUUUCAAUUGAUGAAGAUAUUGAAUGCAAUGAAGAUUCAUGGGACAAUUAUGUUCACCCUGACAAUGCGAUACAGUCCAAAUCUGAGGUCCAAUCUUCAAGUCUUAAAGCAAACGGAACAUUUGAACUGACUCCGGUUUUUAACUUGACGAUCACAGGCGGCGACGGUCUUGGAGAGAAAAUGACUGUAACAGCGACGAAUCCAUACGACUACAAUUUGAUCAUUGACAAGUGCGAUGUUCUGCUACAAAGCAAAGAUUUCACGAUUAUCGAAAAUCGCAAAAUGACUUCAGUAGGGCUUGCUUUUGGCGGAAAGAUGCUUUCCGAAGAUUCUUUCGAGUUCAGACGAUUUUCGAUUUCGAUGAAUGUUGUGGACAGCAUUGAUGUCGCUUGUGAUGUCACCUUCAAAAAAUAA